AUGGUCACGUGCAAUUUAGCCUUGGUUGUAGCAGGUAUUGAUAAUUGCACUAUAUACAAGUCUCUUCGUAAGGCUUGCUUGUUGAGAAAGGGUACAGAUUCAAUGGCUUUGUUGUUGGCUCUUCCCAUAAAUCUAGGUCUUGUUGCUACUGAAGCCUUGUUCCGAUACCGGGUUGUAAGAGCUUAUGAUCCUGUCUUUGGAAGGUUCAGUAUGCCUAUGGUCUUGGAGGGAUUGUUGAUUGCUUAUCUGUUUUCCCUUCUAGUAGUUCUUGACACAAUUUCCAGUUACUUGUUUAUCAGGAAUUGUGAUCCAAAAAUUGGGAGAGAAGGAGCAGAAAUAUGUGUUCAAAUUGAGCCUGUCACAGAUGACAGUGGGAUUUCUGAUGGUUCACUAGGACUAGAGAUGGUGUUCGUAAACUGA